AUGGGACUACUUAGUGUCACGGCAAAUAUGCACGACCCAUACGUUCUUCGAAACACACUUCUUAUUGCUGGACUCCAUUAUGCCUGGAACUUUGGAGAUCUGUCGUCUUUUGACUCGACGUUUUUAUUUCACAAGGUCCAGAGCAUUCGUACCAUCAACACGUGGAUUGAAAAUAAUACGUCGUCAAGCCUAACGCUCUGUUUGAGGCACAUUGCCACUUUAUGUGUGGUAGAAUGCUGCCUUGGCAAUUUUGUGACCGCAGAAACACACUUGAAUGGUCUUAUGCUCCUUUUGGACACAAAGGAAGCCAAUGGAACGAUUCCGCGCACUCCAAAGGAGAAUCUGGAACACGAAUUUGCUGAACGGUACCUGAUAAUGGCUUUCAAUCUUAUCCACAGCUUGAAAAGCCGCUUUGUUGACUAUAUGGAUUCAACUCCAAUCCUAGCCCCAUCUAGCAGACACAUGGAACCUAAAGAAGUUGCUAACCUCAUCCAUCAAUGGCAUAUACAGGAGGCCACGGGGAUUUCGGCCCGACUUAGGGCGAUGAACAUGUUCCCUUCCUUUUUAAGUCCCAUCUCCGCAGCGGUUCAGAUGCAACCGAGUGAAGUCCAGCCUAUUCUUUGUUGUAUGCGGGAAAUUACAGACACGUUUGAUUUGCGUUACACUAAACUCUAUGCUGGUACGGAAAAUGCUUCGCCUUACUAUCUAUGGGCUUCUAGUGGCCCAUCAAAGCUACUAUUUUCUGUAAUCGAUGCUCACAUAAGCUCGAUCACGGAACAUCCCUAUGACCAUAAUCCAGGAUCCUCGCAGGAUCUCAAGUCCUCCUGGUCCAGCAUCUGCAUCGCCGUGGGGCUGUACCUGACCAGCGUGCUCGGCAUUUGGAAUCAAGGUUACCCUGCUGAGAAUCGUCUCAUGUGCUAUGUCCUACGCAUAUUAAGGCAGGAUCUAGAAGAUAAUUUUGCCGAUGCUACGAAGAAAGGCACAACUGCACAGGAUUUGUGGUUCUGGAAAGCAUUUCUUGGAGCAUUGAGUUUGGCUCAUGUCGAUUCCCUGAUUGAAAUCAGGGUGAGCUAUACAAGGCUUCUGGAUCUUGUACCAGAUUUCAAUCAUUAUAUCCGAACUUGGGCUAGAAAUGAGGGAGUUAUUAUGUGGCAUCAUGCGAGAGAGAGAUUGCAGAAUGUCGUUUUCCCUACACACUGUCAGCGCGAGACUCUCGCGAAGACAGUGUGGAAUCAGGCAUUGGCGGAAUCAACAACCUCCACAUCAAAUAAAGAUUAA